UUUUAUGAAUACAAAAUCGAGCAAAAAAGAUUCUGGUCCUCUCUAAGUUAGUUUUGAGUCUGGUAAUGUUUUCUAAGUUUAACAACCACAGUAAUUGUCACUAUCACCAUAUCUUUAUACGAAUAGUUUUGAAAAUGCUAAACCGUAUUUAUACUAAAUGGAGUUUUUUGUCUCUCUAGCUAGAAGCCCUCAUUACAGUACAUGAAUGCGCAUGUGAAGAGAGCUUGGUUGCUUGGAAACUCAUUGCAACACAAUGUGUCCACUCCACACCAGCAGUUUAAGCAAAGGCUUUUUUCAUUGCUAUGAAAGACAUUAGACAUGGUGGCAGUGAAAUUUAAGAACUUGGCCAGAAGCUUUGUGCACUUUUUUUAUUUAUAUACUGAAUAGGCAACACUGUUUGCAAGAAGAAGAAAAAACUUAAUUUUGUUGGAAUUGUGCUGAUUAAAUUUAUCAAUGUCAGCUUAUACUCUGUCCCACAAACCAGGCUUUUCUGCAUUUCAGGCACGUGUGCAGCACCGUUGCUUGGAGAUGGAGCUGUACUGACUGGUGAAGAGAUGAGAAUCCACCCACCAUCCUCCUCUCCCAUAACAUUUAUUGCCAGUGAAAGAGGCGGCUGAAGGAGGUGGCCAUCCUCUCCUCCCCCUGUUUUAUUCAUCCGCACUGCUGUAAGAUGCUGAGACUCGCUCUGCUGGAUUCACAUGUCUUUGGACCUGCGAGGGGUAUUAAUUGACAGGACUCAAGAUGAGUGUGACAUGGACUUGGUCUUCUACAUUUAAUUGCCUCUGUCAAGUCCUGACAGGUGUCUGAGAAAACGGGUAGCCGGCUCUGUGCAGAUUAUGGGUACGAGCGCCAGUGCAACUUCCCAGGCUGCUCCGCUUGCACCUACACACCAGGCUGAUCACCAAGGGAACAGCAUGGCCGAGCACAGGCGCUCACUGCAGUCGGUGAACAUUCGCAACAGCAAGGCUAAGUCCAUCAUCACAAACAAGGUGGCCCCUGUUGUCAUCACAAAUAACUGCAGGGAAGAGUUUCAGAUUCAUGACAAGAUCCAAUCUUCCAACUACUCGAUGGGAAGGAUAUCUGACCUGCUGCCUGAGCACUACCUAGUGUUGGGGGAGUUUUUUAUGAUACAGGAUGUAUACAACAGAGCUGAUGUCUUAAAUACUACAAAAAGCCACGGGGCCCCCAACUUCCGCAAGGUCAAGGGAAACUACCCCCUUUUUGGAAUGGGCCAAACUAGCCUGAAUGGUUUCAAACAGGUCCUCCAGAGACUGCAGAUUGACGGCUGUGAGGAGGUGAUUUUCAUCUGCGUGAGGGGGGAGCCAGUGGUGUUCUUCCGCUCAGAUGGAGACUUUAUUCCGUACACUCCCAGGAGAAGAGAAAACCUCCAUGAGAACCUGCAUGACCUGGACAGAGAGCUCAGUGCAGAGCAAAUAGAGCUCUCCAUCCGAAAAGAGUUGUGUGACUUUGCUAAGCUGAGUGAAAAUAUGUUCUAUGUCUAUAAUGACAUUGAGCAUUUUAAAGAUGAGCCUCAGCAUGUUCAGAUUCUGUCAGAGGAGGACAUUCAUGUCACUGAGGAGGUCUAUAAAAGACCACUCUUCACUCAACCAUUACACAGAUAUUACAGAUUACCGCUCCCUAUGGAAGGGGCACCACUGGAGGAGACAUUUGAUUCCUUUGUUAAUAUACUCAGGGAGAUCCCAAACCUCUCUGUGAUGCGGGAUAGCUCCAGACCUCUACCUGCACUGCUCUUCAGCUGCCAGGUGGGGGUGGGACGCACCAAUCUUGGCUUAAUCCUUGGAGCCUUAGUCUUACAUCACCUGCAGGGGGCAUCAAAGAGCCCCAGGCAGGAAAUGCAGAAGAGUGAACACAAAUUGGAUUUCCAAGUGAUUCAGUUGCUAAUCAGCCGCCUACCUAAAGGUCAACAACUUCUUGAUGAGGUUGAUGAUGCUAUUGCUAUGUGUUCAGAGAUGCAUAACAUAAAAGUUGCCGUGUAUGAAAACAAACUAAAGCUUGAAGGCAUUGGCAAAGACUUCCAGUUUCAAGGAAGCAGCACAAAAGGCUAUUUUAAGCAAAGAACACUGCAGAGUCUUGAGCGCUAUGUGUACCUACUAGUAUUCAAUGCGUAUCUUCAUGAUCAGUAUUCACAGGCAUUUCCCCAGAGCUUCAGUCAGUGGAUGUGUAUGAACGCUUGGAUCUACAGACUGCUGGCCAGCAUGGAUACCUCAGAACUCUCAGCACCAGCAAACCUCAUAACCAGUGGGAUUCGAGUUCUGGUGUCCAGUGAGUUUUUAACAACGGAUCUGCUCAGUACAGCCAAGGAGAUGAAAGUGGCCAAUUUCAGACGUGUUUCCAAAAUGGCUCUGUAUGGAAUGGGCCAGCCAAACUCUGAGGCUAUCACUGUUGUGAUGUCGUACCUGACAGAUCAGAGGCGAGGGCACUCCACAAUUCUCUGGCUGAAUCUGCAGGAGGAGCUUGUGCUGGAGGCAAAUGGACAAAUGUUCACCCCACGAGAACCAGGCUGUCUGGAACAGCCUAUUCCAGUCUUUGUUCAACAUCCACAGCAGCUCCAGGAAAUGGAGCUGGCACUGAAGCAGGAUGUCCUGGGGUGUGAGAAGUGGCUGGAGGUGAUUACAGAGCAGGAUAAACAGAUGAGGAUGUUUAGGAGUUGUCACACCAUAGAGGAGCUCUUUGUCCAUCAGAAGAGCAUUCAUCCAGGACUCAGCUACCAACGGAUUCCCCUGUCUGACUGCUGCGCACCUAAAGAAGAGGUUUUUGAUCAGUUGUUGGAGGCCAUGAAGAGCAGUCUGGCUGAAGACCCUACCUGUGCUUUCAUCUUCAACUGUCAUGAUGGGAAACACCGAACUACUGCAGCUAUGGUCAUUGCCACUCUCACCCUGUGGCACAUUAAUGGCUUUCCUGAAUGUGAAGAAGAUGAGAUUGUAAGUGUUCCAGAUGCCAAGUACACCAAAGGAGAGUUUGAGGUGGUGAUGCAGGUGGUAAGGGUGUUACCUGAUGGCCAUUGUGUGAAGAGAGAAGUGGACGCUGCUCUAGAUGUUGUUAGUGAGACAAUGACACCCAUGCAUUACCAUUUAAGGGAAAUCAUCAUAUCCACUUACAGACAGAUUAAAAUGGCUAAAUCGGAGGCUGAUGCUCAGUGGUUGAGGUUAAGGAGCCUACAGUACCUCGAGCGCUACAUUUAUUUCAUCCUGUUUAACUGCUACCUCCAUCUGGAGAAGAAAGACUCCUGGAGGCGAUCCUUCAGCCAGUGGAUGUACCAGGUGGCAGCUAGAGCUGGCAUCUAUGCCAUCCUCAACCAUCUGGGCUUUUCUGAGUUUGAGAAUCCUGACGACUCUCUGAUGACCAGGCUCCGUUUCCGCUGGCUCCCACACAGUGUCCAGUCUAUUCCCAUGCGAGGGGAACUUAUUUAGAAAGGCACAGCUCAUAUCACUGAUGCCUGUGUGCAGAGGAUUGUGGGCAGGAUAAAAUGAACCCUGCUUGGCUCUCAGGAACAGUGAAGACUGAAGAGCCAUGUGCCUUGUGAGAAACUGUAUCUCAUACAUAUUGGAAUCUACCAUCUGCAGUGUCCUCCCUGCAUUCUCUUGUUAUUCGUAUGUCUCGUGUCAUGAUUAUAUACAACCUUGUAGCAUGUGUCAGGAGACCCGUGCUUCACUGUUGGCGACUGAAAACUUCAUUGUUGGAUUCUUUUAUUUCCUCAGGAGCUUCCUUCAAUCCUCAGUUUUUUUAUUUUUAGAAUUAUUUUUUGCUAAAUCAGACAUCAGCCCCAUGCAUUUUUAUAUUCGGUUAUGAGGCAGUGACACAUCAUGUCCAAAUCUACAAGAACCACUCAUAAGUCAUAGUGCGAUUGGGAACAAACAGAUAUUUAUUGACAGUUCUUGUCAUAAUAGUCAUCAAACCACUUAACUCUGUUGUUGUUCCAGGGCAUCACAGAUGUUUGUUUUCCCAGCGUUUCUUCACGACACAGUCUAGAGUAUAGCUGUCCAUACAUUUCAGUGAACUGUCUUGUACUUUUAGGGCACAAUAUAAUUGAGAUCACUGACAGUCAAAAUGCUCAGCUCUGAAUUCAGAGGUAAUUUCAUUGCAUAAGGAAAUAAUUGGAGCUGAGGUUGUAUUUGGGUUUAAUAGACUGUAUAAUGAGGACAGGGCUGCCAGGAGCAUUGAACAGAAUGAUGCUGAAGGACUUUUUUUUUCCACCACUGCCAUACCGGCAAGAUGAUGUGGAGAGGUAAUGAUUUAAUCUUAUGCAUUUUAGUAAGAAUGUUUUAAUAGAGCAUUUCAUAAAAAAAAUGCUUUUCACUGAAAUGACUUCAAUACAUUUCAACUGUUAGUUGCUUUAUUUUUAUUAAAUGAAUACUGUCUUUUAAAUGUUGUCAUGUAAAAUGCAAAUAUUUCAUAGUCAAAUAUUUUUUGUAAUUUGACAUUUUAAGUAAAUCCAUUUAUUUAUUUAUUAAUUUCCAUAAACCAUAGGUAUUAGUCUUAAGAAUGAGCUGAAGAUGUAUUUGGGUUUGGUAUAUUGUAUAAUGUGGACAUGGCUCAUUAUACAUAUUUAUAUACAGAAAAACAAGUUUCCCAUAUUCUCGAUUGCACAAAUGCAUGCAAUGAACACAGAUUGUUUUCAUAAAUGUAAAUGUGUUAAUAAUACAGCUUUUUUUUAAUUAAAGAAAUAAUGUGCGAUCA